AUGCCCAACCAAGAAUGCGAAUUUGAAUUGCCUUGGAUCAUUUACCCAAUCAUAUUCUGCGUGUGUCUCUUGGGCGUGCUCUGUUUCAUUCGAAUGCAUAUUCCACUGCCAUUUUUCUUGAGACAUUUCCAGGAUCUAGACAGGUGGCCACUUGACGAAGAAGAAUACCAACAGAUCAACCAGCCUCGUUACAACUCUAUUCAUGGUUACAUGUCCAAGGGAAUGUCACCCCUUCAGUUGGUUUCUAUUCUUCACCGAGGAGUGUAUGCCUAUGAAUUCAAACAAGAGCCCGACUCUGGCCAUGCUGUUAAUAACCGAACUCAACUGAGUUUCUUUAGCGGAGAGAGUUCGCUGCAGACCAAUAUCGGUCUUCCUACCAACCAAGCUGUUUGUUACUGGGAGGCUACACUAACAAAAGUCAGUCCAACAACAUUUGUGUCUGUGGGAAUAGCUACAAAGCCUUAUGCUGGCUGGAGAUCUCCAGUAACAAUUAAUCAGUGUGGAAAUACCGGUCGGUUCGAAACAAACCCUCACUCGUACGUAUAUUCUCCAAUGGGUGGUUCAAUGUAUGGCUCAGAAUUCAUGCAUGGUGACGUGAUUGGAAUUGGGUACAGUGCAAGCCAUGGUAGGGUGUUCUUUACCUUUAAUGGGACCUUGCUUGACGUGGUGUGCGAUGGUAUCCAGUGGGACAUGUUUCCGACCAUCGAUGUCAGGGGUACGGCGGAGAUCAGUGUGAAUCUUGGCCAGUCUGUCUAUAGAUAUCCAAAGGCAAACACACUUCCCUGGGGACUAGCGGGCGCAUCGGCAUCUGUGACUUCGGUAUUUUCGGAGCCUCCACCACCUUAUGGUACUCAGAAAGAGUCAGUACUGCUUGCGUUUGGGCCCAAUUCUCAGCCAAGAGAUGGCUCAGUUAAUAUGGAUUCAUUGAACCAGGUAGUAAUCCAACCAGCCUCUUGA